GCAGAAGUGACUGUAUAGUGGCCCGCCACUGCUUCAUUGAGCUGUGAAUGUUUUCUUUGGGGAAGCCGGCCUUUUUGGGUGCUGCAAUGAUGAAGGGAAAGGUCAAUGAAUGGAACAAGAAUGAUGACCGGCUGCUGCAGGCUGUGGAGAAUGGAGACGCAGAGAAGGUGGCCUCGUUGCUCAGCAAGAAGGGGGCCAGUGCCACCAAGCAGGAUAGCGAGGGCAAGACCGCGUUUCAUCUUGCUGCUGCAAAGGGACACGUGGAAUGCCUCAGGGCCAUGGUUGCACAUGGUGUGGAUGUGACAGCCCAAGAUCCUGCCGGACACAGCGCUCUGCACCUCGCAGCCAAGAACAGCCACCCCGAGUGCAUCAAGAAGCUCCUUCAGUCCAAGAGGGAAAUCGUGUGGGUACUAAUUUGGUGUCUCCUUUUUCCCUCCAGAACUGCUCUCAUGCUGGCCUGUGAGACUGGCAGCUCUACCCUCGUGGAAGCCUUAAUUAAAAAGUGUGCUGACUUAAAUCUUGUAGACUCUCUUGGACACAAUGCCUUACAUUAUUCCAAACUCUCAGAAAAUGCAGGAAUUCAAAGCCUCCUGUUAUCAAAAAUCUCUCAGGAUUUAAGUGAUGUGUCUUCUCCAAGAUCAAUAACUUCAACACCACUUUCUGGGAAGGAAUCAGUAUUUUUUACUGAACCACCCUUCAAGGCUGAGAUCAGCUGUAUCCAGGAAAACAAAGACAGGCUGAGUGACAGCACCACAGGUGCCGAUAGCUUAUUAGAUGUGAGUUCUGAAGCCGACCAACAAGACCUCCUUGCCCUCUUACAAGCUAAAGUUGCUUCCCUCACUUUACACAACAAGGAAUUACAGGACAAAUUACAGGCCAAAACCCCCAAGGAGACAGACACAGACCUAAGCCUUGACUCCUACCAUUCCACUCAAACCGACUUGGCCCCAUCCCUGGGCCAACGGGGCGAGACCUCUCUCCCAGACUGCAAAUCAUCUCCAUCUGCUCGCCCUCCGUCCGUGGGGAAAUCCACUGGCGGCAGCGAUGGCAGAGUCCAGGAGCUCCAGGAGCUGCUGCAGGACUUGCAGAAGAAACUGGAGAGCUCGGAAGCGGAAAAGAGAGCCCUGCAGCGUGAGCUGCAGUCCCGAGGGACAGAGCCCGUGUGCUUCAACAACGCAGAGAUGCCCGAGAACGGCUCCGACCUCAGCCAGAAGCUGAAGGAGACGCAGAGCAAGUACGAGGAGGCCAUGAAAGAGGUCCUGAGUGUGCAGAAGCAGAUGGCGCUGGGCCUGGCUUCUCCAGAGGGCUCGGGAAGUUCCUCCCGCCCCCGCGAGCCCAAGAUCACCGACGAGGAAGUCGACGUGCUGAGGCGGGAUCUCCAGAUGGCGUUAGAAGAAAGCGGAAGGCGGCAAGAGAAAGUGAGGGAGCUGGAGGGGAGACUGGAGGAGCGGGAGAGAGUCCUGGCGACCAAGCCGCCUGCGGAAGAGUAUGAGAAGAUGAAGACGUCGUACUGCUCUGUGAUUGAGGAGAUGAAUAAGGAGAAGGCGUUUUUGUUUGAGAAAUACCAAGAGGCCCAAGGAGAGAUCAUGAAAUUGAAAGACACGCUGACGAGUCACGUGGCCCAGGAGGCCAGCGAUGAAGCUGGGGACAUGAAGGAGGCCAUGAACAGGAUGAUUGACGAGCUCAACAAGCAGGUGAGCGAGCUGUCGCAGCUGUACAAGGAAGCCCAGGCCGAGCUGGAGGACUACCGGAAGAGGAAGUCUCUGGAAGAAGUCACGGCCGACUAUAUCCAUAAGGUGGAGCAUGAGAAGCUGCUGCAAGUGACCGACGCCUCCAGGGCUCACGCAGAGGAGGCGCUGUCCGAAAUGAAGGCCCAGUACGCAAAAGUGCUAACCGAGCUGGCCCAGCUCAAGCUCCUGGUGGACGCGCAGAAGGAGAACUCCGUCUCCAUCGCCGAGCAUCUGCAAGUCGUAACCACGCUGCGGACGGCUGCGAAGGAGCUGGAGGGGAAGCUCGGCGGUCUCCAGGAGCACCUCGCAAGCAAGGAGGUGGAGGUGGCCAAGCUGGAGAAAGCGCUGCUCGAAGAGAGAGCGGCCGUGACCGACGCCAUGGUGCCCAGGUCCUCCUACGAGAAGCUCCAGGUGGCGCGGGAGAGCGAAGUGAGCGCGCUGGCUUCCAAACUGAAGGAUUUGGCCAAGGAGAAAGAGAAGGCGCACUCCGAGGUGGCCCACCUGCGGAGCGAAGUCUCGCAGGUGAAAAGGGAAAAGGAAGCCAGCCACGCGCUCCUGAAAGCCAAAGAGCAAGAGGUACAGGAACUGCAGCACCGAUGCCAGCAGUCGCAGGAGGAGCUUGUGGAGGUGAAGAGAUCUUCUGAGAACUCCUCAAAGCUGGAGGAGGAGAAAGAUAAGAAGAUCAAUGAGAUGACCAAGGAAGUCGGCAAGCUGAAGGAGGCCCUGAACAGCCUCUCCCAGCUCUCCUACUCAACGAGCACCUCCAAGAGGCAGAGUCAGCAGCUGGAAGCUUUGCAGCAGCAGGUCAAGCAGCUCCAGGACCAGCUGGCCGAAUGCAAGAAACAGCACCAGGAGGUCAUAUCGGUUUACAGAAUGCAUCUGCUGUACGCUGUACAGGGCCAGAUGGAUGAAGAUGUUCAGAAAGUACUGAAGCAGAUCCUUACCAUGUGUAAAAACCAGUCGCAGAAGAAGUAACGGGGUUCCUAGCAACAACACGUCCCCCUUGUUGCCCAUUGUUGUGUUGGCUCCAGAGUUGUUGGCAACCACUGACGGCCACUGCUCUCACCCGCGGUAUGCACUGUGACCCAGCUUCUGAUGAUGAAGCUCCUGAGAAGUCUGCCUUCUUCAGAACUUCCCAGACUUCCGAGCCAGCAGGGGUGGAAGGCCCUUCAGGUUCCAGAGCCGGGAGGAGCCACGCUCAGAGGUCUGGGUGGGCAUCCCAGUGGCGCCCAGCCUGCUGAGUGACUUCACUCUGUGAUGUGUUGAGCUCCAGGCAGUGAAUACAGUUCAGUCCCCACACUUGGCUUGGGCCAUUUUUGCCCUUGGUGUCCAAUCCCCAAACAUGAUUUGAACUCUAACCAAAUCAGUAUGACACUGGUUAAGAGGCGUGUGCUUGAUGCCAAGGUGCGUGACAUCCUUGGACUUAAAAACCUGAAUCCCAUCUCCCCACACCACCCGCCCCCACUGCCACCUUCCUUAUCACAUCUCACCACCCAGCUAGUCAAACUUCUCAGUUGGACCAGCACUAUUCAUUAAAAUACGAAGCUUAAGAAACAAAAGCAAAUUGUCCUUAAAAGUUCUCUUUGGAAGUCAAUCGUUGACAUACUGCAAAUUUUCUAUGCAAACUUGCCUCCUGCUGUUAUCCGUGAAGCUCAGGAAAUCCCAACACUUUGGCAUUUCCGCAAGGGAUUACAGUAAACUGCGUGUUUACAGCCAAAAGAAAUGCCUCGUCGUUUUUUUGGAUUUUUUUUUAACCGCACGUUUUUAAAAGUGUUUUGGUUUUUAUCUCUAUAUAGUGUUUUUAUUGGCUCUUAAAUAAUAAUUUUUUUCCCUCUAUCUGAAUCCUUAAAUAAGUGAGAUUUUUGCUAGACUCUAUUAACAAGAUAUUUUUUAAGUAACCAUACUUAAGACUCUUGAGAACUAUACCUGCCCUCCAGUUUGUCAGCUAUAGUGCAGAAGGUAGUUUGCGUUCCAGACUCAGCCUGCACUGCUGCCCGCGCCCCUGGGAAGUCCUCCCCGUGUCCUCAGAACUGCAGGCGUAUCUGAACCUGGUGGAUACUCCUCUUUCCCACUGGAUAUUUUUGAAAAGCCUCCGUUCUCCUGGUGUGUAUAAAUCCCAUUCUUGGAAAGGGACUGUUCGUACCCAUCAGGUUUUCAACUUUAAAACGCAAACUCCUGGAAUGGUGUCCCUUGUGGCUUCUAGCAAGGUCCUGGGGAAAUACCUCUGCCCCCUUUAUUUUUAGUAUAAAAGCAUUUCCAGCUUGCUCACAGUUUCCCUUAUGGCUUUGAUCCUAUGGAGGGAGAUACACAGAAUGCCAAAUUCUCCCAAGUCUGUGACUACAAGGGCAAGUCGCUCCGACGGCCGAGCAGAGCACUCAGCCUUGGGCCGCCUGAGUUCCCAGGGCGCUGGCCGGUACUGGAUGGCACGCUCCUCUCCAUCCGAUGGGGACCAACACCAGCUAAGCAAAGUGGCCCCGAAGUGUGGUCUUCCCUUUCUUAAAAAAAAGGCCUUUCGUUCUAGGUAAAGCCAUUUCAGAAUUUCCCCAAAGAAAUGUGAAAUCAGACAAAACAAACUCGUGUGUCACAGCACAUCAGAUAACACCAACCAACCCGUCCCACCUCCACACCCCCCACCCCCACCCCACCCCGCACAGCACUGCUGUGGAGAGUCAAACUGGAGACGUUUCUGGCGGAGGCCUGACAAAGUGGUAGCCUUGUACCUAGCGUCGGGAAGCGUAUUUAUUACAAGUACUCUGGUGAAAUAUUGAAAAGUUAUAUGCUGUAGACUAGGAUUUUUGUUUUUGUAAUUUACAGGAGUUAUUGCCGAAAAUAAACCUUGGUUUCAUUUUG